UCUUUGGAGGAAAACAUGGACGUCCGGAAAGGCCCUUGGACGGCGGAGGAGGAUUCCAUUCUCUUCAAUUACGUUAAUUCCCACGGCGAAGGCCGCUGGAACACCGCCGCUCGCUCCGCCGGUUUGAAGCGAAGCGGUAAAAGUUGUAGAUUGAGAUGGCUAAAUUACUUGAGGCCGAGUGUUAAGCGUGGGAAUAUCACCCUCCAAGAACAGCUAUUGAUUCUUGAUCUUCAUUUUCAAUUGGGUAACAGGUGGUCCAAAAUAGCACGGUAUUUACCGGGAAGAACAGAUAACGAGAUAAAAAAUUAUUGGAGAACGAGAGUUCAAAAGCAAGCCAGACAACUCAAAUAUGACGUGAAUAGUAAGGAAUUUCGAGACACCAUGCGAUACGUAUGGAUGCCUCGUUUGCUCGAACGAAUCCAAGCCUCAAACGACUCAGUUUCUGCCAUUGCCAUUGCCAUUGACUCCGAUGUCGUUCAACCACCACAAUCACAUCUUGACCCAACCCACUCAUCACCUUCCAAGUCUAGUUGGGUCAACUCUCAUGUGGCUUCUACAACUUCUAUAUCAAAUUCAAUAUCCGACGAGGUCCAACUUCAAGUUUCGCCUGUUUCAAACGUAGUUGAGAACGAUACAAGCGAGAAGGACGAGAUGGUCGUGCUAACAGAUCAAGGCUACGACGGGGAUACGAUGAACGAAUUGAUAGGUUGGGAAGAGUCAUUGGAGAAUGGGUUAUGGAAUGAAGAAGACAUGUGGUUCUUGCAGCAACAAUUUAGUGAUGAUGUUUAAAAAGU